AUGAGCAUUCCUCGCGCCGUCAACUCCACUUGCGGCUCAUACACCGACACCUCCACCACGUCCACGAAUGUGGCGGCCGACGAGCCUUCCUGGUUGUCCGGCACUCAGACCGGCGACGCCACCUACUACGAAACCGGUCUGGGCGCCUGCGGUGUCACCAACACCGAUUCGGAUUACAUCGUGGCGGUGUCUGAGAACCUCUUUGACAACUACCCUGGCUACACUGGUGCCAACCCGAACGACAACCCCGUCUGCAACAAGCAGAUCACUGCCUCUUACAACGGCAAAUCCGUCACGGUUACCGUCACCGAUCGCUGCACCGGCUGCGACACCACGUCCCUCGACUUCAGCCCGUCUGCGUUCCAGCAGCUCGCAGACCUCUCCGUGGGCCGCCUCCACGGCAUGACCUGGGAUUGGUCAUAG